UCCCCAAAAAAAACAUAUAUUUUGGAUUCAUGAAGCGUUUGUUACAAAAUCAUUUCUUGUUCUCCACCAUAUUACAUCAAAUCAGGAAAUAAUAUCUAAUAAUGGACUUGGAACAAGAUUCACUUCACUAUCUUUUCAUUUGUUGACUUAUUUUUGGUUAAAGAAUCACUCACUCUUUACUCUUUAGCUAAAUAAAAUUCUUUCACUGUAAUGAGAAAGCGAACACAUUCUGCUGAAUCAACACAUGGAGGAGAUGGAGAUUCGAAUCCCAAAUCUUGGCAAGAAGAUAGAAAGGAAGAGGAUGAUCGUUUUCUAUCAUCCAAGAAAAUUUUGUUAAUUUGUUUAGUUUUCAGAAUGAUAAAUUCCUUAUUCGUACAAACGUAUUUCAACCCGGAUGAGCACUGGCAAGCGCUUGAAGUUGCACAUCGAGUUACUUUUGGAUAUGGACAUUUAACUUGGGAAUGGAAGAAGGGUAUACGAAGCUAUCUGCAUCCAAUGUUAUUUGCCGUCCUAUAUAAAGUUCUUUCCUUUCUUCAUCUUGAUACUCCGCUUUUCAUGAUUAAGGCUCCACGACUAUGGCAAUCUAUGCUGUCUGCCUUUGGUGAUCUCUACUUGUUCAAACUCUCUCAUGCUGCAUAUGGUUACCGUGUUGCACAAUGGGCACUCUUUUCGCAGUUAACAAACUGGUUUGUAUUUUACUGUAUUACUCGCACGUUAUCCAAUAGUUUAGAGACUGUUCUUACAGUUAUUAGUCUCUACUACUGGCCUUGUUUGCGGGUCAACUCUAGCAAUGCUCUCACAGCUUCUAGACCAUGGGCCUUGGUUGCAGCUGCUCUAGCCUGUGCCAUUCGACCCACAAGUGCUAUAAUAUGGGUUUAUAUCGGCUUCAUGGAGCUUUUUGUGUCUCGAGAUAGGUUGAAAUUUGUUUUCCUUGAAGUCUUGCCUAUUGGGCUCGUGGUGCUUGGACUGACAUUCUUACUGGACCAUUGGAUGUAUGGGUCUUGGGUUUUUGUACCUCUGAACUUUCUAAAGUUUAACUUUCUUUCUUCGGGAGGUGACUAUUAUGGAACUCAUCCAUGGCAUUGGUACUUCAGUCAGGGAUUUACUGUCAUGAUCUUCAGUUUUUUGCCUUUUAUGGUGGUUGGCAUCAUCCAAUCUAAAAACUGGAAGCUUUCAGGACUCAUUUUGUGGGUUUUAGCACUUUAUAGUGUUUUAGGGCACAAAGAAUUCAGGUUUGUUCUCCCAGUGCUUCCAAUAGCUUUAGCUUUCUCUGGUUAUUCGUUAGCCAUUUUAAGCCGGCCAAACUCAUCUGGGAAAAUGAAUAAGAAAAUUACGAAAACUCAAUCUAAAUGCUCUUGGCAGAUAAAAGCAGCGGUCUUUUUCUUGCUUGCAACAAAUGUUCCCAUGGCCAUUUACAUGAGCAUGGUUCACCAGAGAGGAGCAGAGGACGUCAUUAAUUAUCUAGCUAAAGAGGCUCAUUAUGGGAAUGUGAAAAACAUUCUAUUCUUAACACCAUGUCAUGCUACUCCGUACUAUUCGACUUUGCAUCAAAGGAUUCCUAUGCGUUUCUUGGAUUGUUCACCAAGCGAAGCGAAGGGAUCCCUUGAUGAAUCUGACCAGUUCUUAACGGACCCAUUUGGAUUCACAUCCGAAUUUGCAAAAAACUGGUCUCAACCAAGUCAUAUCAUACUAUUCAACAAUGAAGAAGAACAUCUUAAAGAUUUCCUUUUCUCAAGUUCUUAUGCAGAGAGAAAAAGGUUCUUUCAUUCUCAUUUCAAGGUGGACCGAGAUCUUCAAGCAUCAGUUGUCGUAUAUGAGCUUUUAGAGGAAUGACUCUUCAACUCAAGCAGCUGGUUAUUUAUUUACUGGAAUUAACUUUUAGUUAAGUUACAAUUUUGUCACAGUUGAUAUAGGCUACUAACAACGAUGAUGAAUACAUAAUUAGUUUUAUAAUGUCUAAUUUCCUGAAAAACUACAAUGUAUGCGGUGAGAAGUACCCGAAGCUGAUUGCAAGAUUUUAUAGCAUUGAUCAGGGAGAUAAAGAUGAUGCUCUAGGAAAGUAUUUUGCGUAAUCUUGCUUUUAAGAAAGUCUCUUUAUGUGCUGUUGAUCAGUUCUAUAAGGUUAGGUCCCUAUGCAAACAUACUUAACGAUUAAGAGAUGGUACGGAUUUCAUCUUGAGCUUCAAAUGUGUAUGCACAAUGUUUCAACAAAUGCAUUUUACUAUCUGUC